GCACGCAGCUUACCGUAGCGCGGGCGGCAGGGCUGGGCUGGGCUGGGCUGCUGCGCUUCGUGCAGACGCUCCCCGGCGCCCCCACCUGCCCCCUCCCGCCGCAGCUAGCGACCCACCCAGCGCUCGUCCCGCCCGGGCCGGUUUAUAAACAGCCGUCGGUCACCACUCGCCACUCGCCACCUUGCCCCGUUGUCUCUCUCACGCACACGGCACACUCCCCUGGCCCCGCGCUAACUCUAGCUUGCCCGGCUAUAAGCUUUCCCUGGUAGGUUCGGUGUGGCCGUUGUUGAUAGGUUGACGCCAGCGCGCGAUGGGGGAGGCGCCGAGGCCCAAGUCGCCGCCGAUGUACCCGGACCUGUGCGGCCGCCGGCGGCUGCAGCUGGAGCUGCAGAUCCUCAAUCGGGAGCUCGGCUUCCUUGAGCAAGAGAUUCAGGGACUCGAACGGAUUCAACCGGUCUCGAGGUGUUGCAAAGAUGUCAACGAGUUUGUCAGUGCAAAGACCGACCCACUGAUUCCAAUAAACAAAAGGAAACACGGUUCUUGCAGUCUCUAUUGGUGGAUCAGAUCAAAAUUGUGCACCUGCUUUUCAUGCUUGUGCUGCUGGUGCCGCUGCUUGCCAAAACCCAAGGCGCCAAGCUGCUUCAGCUAUUCUUCCUGCUGCUGCUGCGACACGCAGUGCUGUACACCGAGCUGCGGCUGCCCAAAGACCCCUUCAUGCUGCAGCCCCGGUCGCUGCAGCUGCAGUCUUCCCAGCUGCAGCUGCAAGCCACACUGCAGCCAUUGCCGUCCGCAGUGCAGCAGCUGCUGUUCCAGCGACUGCAGCUGCUCGGACUGCCCCCGGUGCUGCAGCUGCCCCAGCUGCUGCUCCAGUUGGUCCUGUGCGGGAUGCGUUGGUUGCCUCGCUGCCCUCAACCGGUGCCUGAGCUGCUGGUCGUCGUUCUGCAGCGGGCUGCGGCCUUCCUGCUGCAAGUGCCAGUCGUCGUGCUGCGGAGGGGAGCAUUCCUGCCGCGGCACCGGCAGGGGAGCGUGCUGCAGCGGGUCGUGCCUCGGUGCCCCGGCGGCGCCGUCGUGCCCCGAGUGCUCCUGCGGCUGCGUGUGCUCCUGCCCCAGGUGCAAAGGAGGAUGCCGGUGCCCGCCGUGCGGUAAUAAUCCCUGUUGUGGCGGUGGAUGCUUAUGCUAAACUAGAUUUGUGAUAGCUAGUGUGCGGUUGUUACUCUUCGUUUUGUGCUUGAUUAGUAGGUUUGAUUUGAGAGUAAUGUUACAAACUCAGCAUGAGAACACCAAUUCAAACCAAGUUCAUGA